GAGAGAGAGCCUCCCGCUGCUCUCGCUGGAGAAGGGAGUGACUGAGGGGCUGGCGAGGCAGGGACAGGAUGGCUUAGGAGCCUCUGCUCACAGAACCCACGACAGGGAGAAGCUCUAGGCAGAGUCUGAGGCUGCUGUAAUGGCUGGAGGUGCAGAGUCCCCUCAAGGGCCCUGAGCGCCCCCUACCCCGCCUCAAAGGGACACCCCAGAAGUUAGCAUCAGUGGGACUUGGAAGCUCCGAUUGCAACAACAUAUCUCAGCUAUGGCUGGCGAUUCUAGGAAUGCUAUGAACCAGGAUAUGGAGAUAGGAGUCACUCCCAGGGACCCUAAGAAGAUUCCCAAAAAGGCUCGAGAUUACAUCCCCGUCGCCACAGACCGCACCCGCCUGCUGGCGGAAGCCAAGAAGCCCCGCCAGCGCUACAUGGAGAAGAGCGGUAAGUGCAAUGUCCACCAUGGCAACGUCCAAGAAACCUACCGAUACCUGAGCGACCUCUUCACCACGCUGGUGGACCUCAAGUGGCGCUUCAACCUGCUGGUCUUCACCAUGGUCUACACCAUCACCUGGCUGUUCUUUGGUUUCAUCUGGUGGCUCAUUGCUUACAUUCGGGGUGAUCUAGACCAUGUUGGCGAUCAGGAGUGGAUUCCUUGUGUUGAAAACCUCAGUGGCUUCGUGUCUGCCUUCUUGUUCUCCAUUGAGACUGAAACCACCAUCGGAUACGGCUUUCGGGUGAUCACAGAGAAGUGUCCAGAGGGGAUUAUACUCCUCUUGGUCCAAGCCAUCCUCGGCUCCAUUGUCAAUGCCUUCAUGGUGGGGUGCAUGUUUGUCAAGAUCAGUCAGCCCAAGAAGAGAGCGGAGACGCUCAUGUUUUCCAACAACGCGGUCAUCUCAAUGCGGGACGAGAAGCUCUGCCUCAUGUUCCGGGUGGGUGACCUUCGCAACUCCCAUAUCGUGGAGGCCUCCAUCCGCGCCAAGCUCAUCAAGUCCCGGCAGACCAAAGAAGGGGAAUUCAUCCCCCUGAACCAGACUGACAUUAAUGUGGGCUUUGACACGGGGGAUGACCGGCUCUUCCUGGUGUCACCGCUCAUCAUCUCCCACGAGAUCAAUGAGAAGAGCCCUUUCUGGGAGAUGUCCCGGGCCCAGCUGGAUCAGGAGGAGUUCGAAAUCGUGGUGAUUCUAGAAGGGAUGGUGGAGGCAACAGGCAUGACUUGCCAAGCACGGAGCUCCUACAUGGACACAGAGGUGCUCUGGGGCCACCGGUUUACACCAGUCCUCACCUUGGAAAAAGGCUUCUAUGAGGUGGACUACAACACCUUCCAUGACACCUACGAGACCAACACGCCCAGCUGCUGUGCCAAGGAGCUGGCAGAAAUGAAGCAGGAAGGCCGGCUCUUCCAGUACCUCCCCAUUACGCCCCUGCCUGGAAGCUGUGCUACAACAGAGCUGGAUGCAGAGGCUGAACAGAAUGGAGACAACGAGCCUGAGGGGCUAAGUGAGCCCCAGCAGACCAGGGGCUCUGUGUAAGGGCCGCACUCUCCUCAGAACCUCCCUUCACUGAUUUCUAUGAGUUCAGACACUGUAGAGCCAGGGGUAAAGGGGCUGAAUUAGCUGAGUGUGUUUGGGACUUUGGGGGGAGGAACAGUAUAUCCAGUCCUGGAAUCUCCCAGUUCAGGGUCUCUCCAAACAGGUGGCCUGUUGCCUAGGCCCCCACGGCAAUGCUGCCUCUUCUCUUCCCAUGCUGUGGGUGCUGGCUAAGGGCCAGGCCAGGAUGGGUUCCCCACAGUGAAAGCUACAGGGUGACCUCUGUCCUCACGCACACCUCAGACAUCUGGCCCAGGAUCACCUCCCUCCUUAGGUCUCACAAACCGACUGGCAGCUCCCGUCUGGAGGCUGACACCUAGAGAGAACUGUCACCCCAUCCCCUCCUUACAACCAGCCUAAGGCUCAUCAUGGAUUCAGGGAGGAGAGACUCUGCCCUCCUAGAAGCUCAACCCCCAACCCCAUCCUCUUAGAGUCAGCUCACAGACCUCAUGGGUAAAGUUGAUCCAAGUCACGCAGGCACUUCCUUUCAAACCUGAAACCAGUGACUUAUUGGGAGCUGAGGUAUAUAAGGCCCUUGAUUAUCUCUGUCGGUAUCUGGAAAGUGUGUGUGUUUUUCCUCUGUUGUGUUCUACAUGUCAAAUGUAACCUGCUGGAUAAUUGAUCUCCUCAAAGUGACUCUUAGAAGGCAGCCUGGACCACAGAGCACCUCUGAGCAUGUGGAUAGUUGCCUCAGCCAUUUCCAGACCACCUCAAAUCACACUGUAUCCUCCACCUCCCACCACAAGGAGAACCCCAGAAGCUGAUUCUUUUUAGUACUUUCGGCCCAAAAAUCUCAAAGUACUUCUAACCUUCACUGUGGUUUUCUUGCCCAGUCUCAGAGAGACUGUGGAAAAUCCAGGGAGAAAGCAAGCUGAGUUUCAGAGGGCACGAUCAGCCAGUCAGUGCUGAGAUAAGGAGGGCAGCGAGGGAAGAAAAACAGAGAGAAAGGCAAGCAGCUAGAAUUUUAAAAUAAGCAUGGGCACCAAUGGAUGCUGAGGUAUCUGACUUCAGGGCUCAGCACAUCUUUGUUACUCGGGGAGUUAGGGGGUGUGAGGCAAAAGGAGAGGUGACUGCAGCGGCACCUUCACCUUCAAGCUCAAGCUGGACCAAUUCUCAGCUGGUGCCAAGAAGCCCCUGGGCCUCCUCUUGGUCAGGCAGGGGCCUAAGAAGGCGGCUGGGCUAGGAGAGCAGGGAUGGUGCCCAGAAAGGGGGAGAGGAGGGCCGCCCCCUCCUAUCUGGCAAACGUGGGGUGAGGAGGAUCAAUGGAAGAAUCAGAACAGGGUGAACGUUAAGAGAGAAAAGGGCAGAGAAGAGCCUUAAAACUGACAGCUUCAGAGGGCUUUUCAUUUCCAGGAUAGAUGGCACAGAAAGAGGAUAAACGGAUGGACAGACGGAUAGUGCCCAUGCUCAUGUCGAUUCAUGGAGCCUGUCUGGUACUUGUUGAGACAGACAGGCUUCAAAUUAACUGACUUAGACCUGGAGAGAAAUUUCAAAUGCUCCCCAGCCACAGAAUUAUGGAGGCCUCCCCCACGAUCUUCACAGCUCUCAACUGGCCUCUGAAAAUGAAUGCAUUUUCCUGUCCCAAAAGUGACACACCUUCCCCAGGAGUAAAAGCAAAGCCAUAGUGAGGCAGAAAGUUAAGGCAGAGCAAAGGGGAUUGCAUGUGGAUCUCAGGCCCAGGCCCUCUCAAGCUGGUCUUCUAGAUUCUGGGGCAGAUGAGAUUAGGAGGCAGGCAGCCUCAGAUGGGGACCUGGCACUUGUGGGCUGCCACCGUCAGGGCAGGGAAUCCCUGUGCUUGGGCACACAGGCUGGAUCUUGAGAGGUGGGCACAGGGAAGCAGUGAGCAAGCAGGGGCCCUCUCCAGGGACAUAGUGCUGAGUUGAGGUUCCAGGCAUCCUUCUCUGGUGAAGAAGAUCUUGGAAGGAAUGGGGGAUGGGCUGGCAUUUCGCCCUCGGGGAAAGGAAGCAGGCAGCCUACAGCAGCACCCCAGUAUGCCAUCAGGAAUCUAAGGCAGGAAGUCCGCUACUGAGACUGGAUGCCUUGGAGUGAGAGGAGCUACAGCUGGACUGCCCCAGCGCUCACCCCAAGCUGGCCAGAUCCAGGGCUUACACAGCAGGACUAUUUCCUUGCUCCCUGCCAGAUCUAAAACCUGCCUCUGGUCAAACUGAUCAGUGUCUGCAGGCUACAACCCUCAGGCAGCUAAGCAAGGCUGGGGAAACCACAGGUGAAAUAGCCUUGUAGCUGGACUGGGGUCUGGGGCCUGUUUCACAUCUGCCUCAGUUUAUGAUUCUAAACAUCCCCCAAACCACUAAGCGAGCCCCUCUCCAGGUCUCUAACUCUGUAGUGGCCUCCAUGAAUCCAAAUCACAUCUCUCGGCCAACUACAGGAGCUACAGAAGAGGAAGCUCCUGUAAAAGCUACAGAAGAGGAAGAGAUCCAAACAGUCCUAUUCUAAAGCUCUCCGAUAGGCCAGAGCCCACAUGUGCUGGAAUUAGUCACAUACUUAUCUGAGUGUUCACAUCAGCUGCUUUCUCUCAUGGAAACACAAAUGCAAGAAGACCGCCAUUCAUAUCCCUAGGAAAUCCUUCUUCAUGACGAGUUGAUCCAACUAAAGCUUGAAAAGUUCUUCGAAUCGUUUUUUAGAAGUGCUUAUAUAAACAUGGACUUAUUCAUUGUAAAGUCUGAUGAGGGUCUGAGCUUCAUUGGGUCACUUUACAGACAUCAUGCUUGCACACAAGCCACUGUGGGUCAUAGCCCUGAGUUGCAUGGCUCAGAGCCCACCCAUCACUUCUAAUGGGUCACUGUUCAGUCAGGCAGUAAGAUGGAGCCACUAGAAAUUUCCACAAACCUCAACAUCUCCAAAACCUCAAAGCGUUAUCUCCCUGGUCAGAUGCUGAAAGCAUUGGGAGCUAACUUCCUGCCUUAGCAUUUAUGUCCUUCCUUUCUGAGAACAAACAUCCCCUGUAAAGGAAAGGCCCCAGGAACUCAGAAGAAGGUAAGUUCCCUGUAGUUCCUUUCCCCAUCAAUCUGACACCUGACAGGUGUUGACACCAUUGCCCAAAGGACCGUGUUCUCAGGCCAGGUAGAAUGGGCAUUGUCCAUGAUUCAGACGCUACCCUAGCUGAGAAGUCAGAGCUCACUUCCUGUCAUGCCCUUCUGCUGCUUUGAGAUGAUGGCUUGAGCAAUUGACCUUGAUGGAGGUGAAAGAACCCUUGUGUGUUUGGGGAGAACGCUCCCUGUUCAUGAAAUGUAACAACUGGGCACCUUCUUUCACAUUACUUAUCCUGUGCUCUGCCUUCCUGCAGGCCUCAACCAUGUGUCUCUUUUGAGUUGGAACCAGAGAAACUUGAAUUUUUUUAUUGAAGUUGCUAAAAACAGAAACAGUUGGCCUGUUGUCUUCUAAGAAUAUGGCCUGAGUACAUCUCUGCACAUACACCAUUUACUAGGCACCUACUAUGUGUCCAGCGGUAGGUUUGACACUUCACCUGGGUGAUUGCAUAUAAUUCUCAAAACACUGCAGAGAAACUCAUAGAAACCCCUUAUUACCAAUGAUCCAACUGAGUUUCAGAGAGGUUAAUUAGUUUGCUCAAGGCCACAGAUGAUAGAUGCCAAGCACCUCCCAAGCAAACACAGAUGAGCCAGCAUCCUGCAUAACACCCACCUCUGGGGCAUCUUGGUGAGCUUGGGCAGCAGACAUAACAACCCCAUACUUCUUCAGACCGCGAGUUUGUGCGCCAUGCUGUGCUGUGCCACAGGGCUUGAGCUUCCGUCCACCAGCAGGUUCUCUUGUGGCAGGAUAACUGGGAAACACCUUUCUUUGAUUCUUAGAGAAUUAAUGAGCUGUGAAGAGAGAUUAGAUGGGGAAUAAUUGCUUUCAGGAAGAAGCCAGUUGUUCUGCUUGGGUUAGUUUUCACCAACAACGUCUCCUUAAACUACCAGGUCAAAUCUUUCUCCCUGUGUAGGAUUUGUUAUUAAAAAGAACACCAUUGCACUGCCAAAAAUUCAUCCAAUAAAGUGGAUUUGAUCUUA